CGAGAGUUCCGUACGAGACCUUCGUGUUUUCAACAUGGCUGGCAGUAAGUUGGUGCUGGAAGGGAGGAUAAGUAUUAUAAGCUUUCUCUCCGGGCUUGGGGUGAUAAUAAUACCCUUGCUUGUAAAAUUCGGCUCCCAUAUUGACUGGAUAUUCGAUUACCUCACUGAUGUAAACGGGAAGAUAGCCAUUGCAGUUUAUUUAACAGUUAUCAACGGCAUCCUGCUGCUCAUAUACAAGGGACCUCUAUACAGGGUCGCUGUACGAGCUUGCUUUCUAGGCUUUGCCUUCGGAUGUGGCCUAAUUCUAAGUUUUGCCGAUACGACAUGGACACACUUUGGCUGGUACAUGUGUUCACUAUCAUUCUUUCACUACUCUGAGUACUUGGUCACGGCCAUCAUCAAUCCCCACAGUCUGUCUCUAGACUCUUUCUUGAUCAACCACAGCAUUGAAUACACCUUAGCAGCCAUCUCUUCUUGGAUGGAGUUCACUUUGGAAAAGCUGCUUAUUCCAGAGCUGAAGCAGUUGAACUGGAUCUCUUUUGUGGGACUGGUAAUGGUAUUAUGUGGAGAGGGCCUGCGCAAGUCUGCUAUGUUGACAGCGGGAUCCAACUUCAACCACAUUGUGCAGAAUGAGAAGGCCCACAGCCACGUGCUGGUCACUAGUGGUGUAUACUCAUUCUUCAGACAUCCUUCUUAUGUGGGCUGGUUCUACUGGAGCAUUGGUACUCAGAUAAUGUUGUGCAACCCAUUAUGCUUUGUGGCCUACACGAUGGCCAGCUGGCGGUUCUUCCGAGAGCGUGUUGAGGAAGAGGAGAUUUCUCUCAUCCAUUUCUUUGGGGAGGAUUAUAUUGAGUACAAAAAGAAGGUCCCCACUGGUUUGCCCUUUAUCUCAGGAAUCAGGGUAAACUCGUAAGGCUGGGAUGGACAAAGCGAGGGGAAACUUGGAAACCUCUAGAAGUACACACCUGGACACCUCUGACUGGCACUGUGAGCGAGCUAGUAACUUGGUGACCUUGUGGCUCUCCCCUGCAGGAAUGCACAGGGGAGCAAGGACACAGCACAGAGAGACUGACCUGCUGAUCUGUUCUGAGACACACCAGUCUGCUCUGAGCGGGGCAGAUUCUCUGGCCCUGCAGCCAUCAGGCAGAAACACAUACACACAGCCACGAGUCUCCCAGCACUCCCUUACAUAUGCCCCCCUAAUGCAUAUCAUCUCUGUUCUGUCCACCUUUUAUAUCUCUAAAGCAUCAUAUAGCAUUUCUUACUCAUUUCCAUUGUAGAUCUGUUUCCAAUUUCAGCUCAUGAUAUAGGUUCAUGUAUCAUAUCCACUCUGCCUAUAUCAUUUCAUGUCACUUUCAGUUGUCGCACCUUUGGGUUCCUGGGUCUUCUGUCUUUGCUUUUGAUCGUUUGUUUUAGGCUUGUGUUAAAACAUCUUUGAGUGUAUAAAGGGAAUUGAACUCUAGCGAUAUUCUACAGUAUGUUGACUUUUAAAUAGAAAAUGGUUUACUGCAAAGUUUUAACUGGACUUCAAGCACCAAAUGUUCAGAGAGAGAGGUAUUUACUGUGUGGUAAGGCUUGCCUUCUCUCUUAGUAAUUAAAGCAGAGUGUUGCAUAUAGUAUUUCUAAAUACAUUUAUUUAUGAGGUAAAAAGUAUGAUUUAAAUGAAAACUAUUUAGUAAUGCUUUGGGGCCCCUGCUCAAGACAUUACCAUAUGGCCUGAUCAACAGUGUAAUUACUAAUUUGGUAUUCUAGAGAUUGUCUCUUUGUGAAUAGCGGAAGAAAAGUCAUAUUUGUAAUAUGUGAUUUCUGCUCCUGGAUCAGUUUUACAUGUUCUGGAUUUUAUAUAGAUUGUUCUUGAUCACUUCUCAGACUCUGUCCUGUCAGUUUCAGACGUACACAGUUUUUUAAAUGCUGAAUUCUGACAAUCUAUAAUAAAUAUGAUUCCAAAUGAUGAGACAUCUCACUCACUCACUCACUCACUCACUCAUGCAUUUGUGGGCACCAUCCUUUUCCAUUUUAACCAUAAUUUGAGUGGGCUGAAAUGUCUUGUUUGUUUAUUGGAUUCUAUAACUCUUCUCCAAGUUGCCAACUCCAACAGAUGUAUUUUUUGGCACCCAACAUUCAGAAUUCAGAAAUCUGCUAGAAAGUCCGACUAAUUAUGGCACACAUGGGCGAGGCAUUGUUUACAACCCUAGAUCUUUAUCUACAUUUUCACAUUUUAUUUAUGUUCUUGCCCCUUGUCGUCAUCAUGUCAAUGCUUUUAUCUUCCAGUUGCAGUUACCUUCCAUUUCACAAUUAAAUCUAACAGCUAGGAUGCAUUUGGGUAAUAAUAAGACUCACACAAGAUUUUGUACCAGAUGAUCAUGUAGCCAUACCCAGAGCCUCCUAUUUCUUCAUGUAUCUUCUUGGCAUUGCCUAGAAUAACUGGACAAUAGACAGUUUUUUUUUCUUUUUGCACAUUUUUUGGUGAAUGAGCACUGUAAUGGUUUUCUGCCCCCAUAAAUUGGUCAGCAUACAUGUUUUCUACAUCCAAUAGGCUUCCUUGUACAGUAAGAUGACUGAGCUGCAGUAUAUUAGUAAUGUAAUGUGGAAAAUCAAUGAAUGAAAGUCAACUGUACGAUUAUUCACACAACUGACAUUUUCAGCAUACAAAACAACCACAAGCCUCUAAAAUAAACACUGAAUAUAAA